CGAAGGGGCAGGCAGCCUUGGGGGCGUCUGCCUGUCGGUCUUGCCUUAUCCGAGUUUGCAUUAGCUUGGCCGGUUUGCAGAAGGAGAGGCGGAGGCUGCCCUUUGGAUUCUCCUUUGGCCGCCCUGAAGAGUAAAGAAUGAUGUCCGUAUGUCAAUCUGGAUUGUCCCCUCUUCUUAAACUGCAGUUUGGCUUGAUACAGCGAAGUGCAAAGGUUGCAUCAGAGGCUGUGGAGAGCCCAGUGACCUUUGAAGAUGUGGCUGUGCAUUUCACAGCUGGGCAAGCAGCUCUGCUGGAUCCAAACCAAAGAGCCUUAUAUAAGGAUGUUAUGGUGGAAAAUUAUGAGAAUGUGGUCUCUUUGGGAUUUCCGGCUUCAAAGCCGGAGCUCAUUGCUCAGCUGGAACAGGGAGACAUGCCGUGGUUGCCGGAUUCUGAGGGCUUGGAAGAAGCAAAGAUUUCCCACACUGGUUCAGGAUUUCUUGCCCCAGAACGUGAAGAUAUUACUCAGCUGGAACAAGAAGCCCGUAGGGUGACUGUUUGCCAGGAAGAAACAAAGAUUGUGGGCGCCAGCACAGGGAAAAAUUUAGAAAGGAAGAACAUGUGCCGUGUAUGUGGAACAUGUUUUACUCAGAAACGGACUCUUGCCAGGCACCGUCAAGUCCAUCUGGGACAUAAACCAUAUAAGUGCUUGAGGUGUGGGAAAUGGUUUCCUCACCAAUCACAGCUUUUGAGGCACAAGAGAAUCCACACAGGAGACAAACCCUAUGAAUGUCUGGAAUGUGGGAAGCGAUUUUCUCAGCAGCAUCACCUCAUAAGGCACAAGAGAAUCCACACUGGAGACAAACCCUAUAAAUGUCUAGAAUGCGGGAAGCGAUUUUCUCAGCAGCCUAGCCUUAUAAGCCACAAGAGAAUCCACACAGGAGACAAACCCUAUAAAUGUCUGGAAUGCAGGAAGCAAUUUUCUCAGCAGCAUCACCUCAUAGGCCACAAGAGAAUCCACACAGGAGACAAACCCUAUAAAUGUCUGGAAUGCGGGAAGCGAUUUUCUCAGCGGCCUAACCUCAUAAGGCACAAGAGAAUCCACACUGGAGAGAAACCUUAUAAAUGUAUAGAGUGUGGGAAAUGUUUUGCAGAUUCCUCAGCCAUCUUGUACCACAACAGAACUCACACAGGAGAGAAACCGUAUAAAUGCAUGGAAUGUGGAAAAUGUUUUACAUAUUUCUCAGCUUUUUUGAACCACAAGAGAACUCACACAGGAGAGAAACCCUAUCAAUGCAUGGAGUGUGGGAAAUGUUUUGCUCACCAUUCAGGGUUUGUGAAACACCAGACUGUCCAUGGUGGAGAGAAACCCUAUCAGUGUUUGAAAUGCAAGAAAUGUUUUGCUCGCCCAUCAUACCUUGUCAAGCACCAGAGAAUCCACACGGGAGAAAAACCUUAUAAGUGCUCUGAGUGUGAAAAAUGUUUUUCUCAAAAAGCUCACCUUCUGAACCAUCAGAGACUCCACACAGGAGAAAAACCAUACAAAUGUAUGGAGUGCGAAAAGUGUUUUGCUGAUUCCUCAACUUUUGCAAAACACCAGAGAUUUCACACAGGAGAGAAACCCUAUAAAUGCAUGGAGUGUGGAAAAUGUUUUGCAUAUUCCUCAAGCCUUUUAAGCCACAAGAGAACUCACACUGGUAAGAAACCUUAUAAAUGUCCAGAGUGUGGGAAAUGCUUUGGUCGUCAUUCCCACCUUGCAAAACAUAGUAGAAUUCACACAGGAGAGAGAAGUUAUAAGUGCACAGUGUGUGGAAAAUGCUUUGCGGACAAAUCUACCCUUGUGGUCCACGGGAGAGUCCACACAGGAGAGAAACCAUAUAAGUGCACAGAGUGUGGGAAAUGCUUUGCUUAUACCUCUAGUUGUUUAAAACACCAGAGGAUUCAUACUGGAGUAAAACCUUAUAAAUGUUUGGAGUGCGGGAAGAAUUUUUCUCGGAAAUCAGAGCUUAUGAUCCAUAAGAGAGUCCACACUGGAGAGAAACCAUACAAAUGUUUGGAAUGUGGGAAAUGUUUUGGUUACAGCUCCUCUCUUGUGAUUCAUCGCAGGCUCCACACAGGGGAGAAACCUUAUAAAUGCUUGGAGUGUGGGAAAGGUUUUACUCAACAGUCAGAUUUUUCAACACACCAAAGAGUCCAUACGGGAGAGAAACCCUAUAAAUGUUUGGAGUGUGGGAAGUGUUUUGCUCAAUACUCAAACCUUGCAACACAUAGUAGAGUCCACACAGGAGAAAAACCUUACGAGUGUCUUGAUUGUGGGAAAUGUUUUGCUCAGCGACCCCACCUAGCAAUUCACCAGACAAUCCACACACGAGAGAAGCAGUGUAAACGUUUAGAGUGUGGAGAGAGACCCUAUGGAUGCUUGGAGUGUGGGAAGUGUUUUGCUCGAAAAUCAUUACUUGUUAUACAUCAAAGAGUCCACACAGGAGAGAAACCUUACAAAUGCUUGGAAUGUGGCAAGUGUUUUGCACAAAGUCCACACCUUUUGACUCACCAUAGAGUCCACACUGGAGAGAAACCUUAUAAAUGCCCUGAGUGUGGGAAAUGUUUUUCUCAGCGUCCGCGUCUUGUGUUUCACCAGAAGGUCCACAUGGAAGGCAAAGGAAAGCGAAGGUCCCAUUCAGUGCAUCUCUUGAUGGUUGAACACUCCUCCCCUAAGGGUGGAAAACAGCAGAAAAGCAACUCAGGAAAGAAAAUUACAUGAAUAGCUUCCUUGUGGAGAAAGAUUAUGCCUGACAGAGGCUCUCAUUUGUCAUCAUUCCACCUCAAGAGGAUAGCUCAGUGGAGGCAGCAGAAGAUUCGUUCAGAGAGAGAGAAAGAGUACCUUUGCUUCAAUAUACAGUUUUCAUAGGAACAGAAUUUCUGAAGAGGGUAAACAUUUUCCAAAUCUGCUGCAAAAAAUGUAAAUGGAAACACGGUCACCAGCGUCUUUUUGUGAGUUCUUUUUUUUUUGCUUUUAAAUUUUAUUUUAAUACAGAGAUUAAAAUCUCAUCAAAGGGAAAAGAAAAGGAAAAUAUAUGAGAAGAAAAAAGAGAAAAAGAAGAAAAGAAAGAGGAAAUAAUAAGUAAAGAAGAAAGAAAAUAAUACAUAUAUAAUAGACCAUUUUCAGUUUUCUCUACGACGAGUACAUCAUCAUUACAAACAGCAUUCUUGUAGUCUUACUGAUACAUAAACUUAACCUUCUCCUUUAUUUAGCUUUCCCAAAUUGUCUUCUUAAAAGUCAAAUCCACAAAUCAUCCGCUCAUUUUUUUCCGUCUCCCACAGUCAGUCAGUAAGGGGCUUCCAAUUCAUUAUAAACGUGAAUAAUGUUUUGUCUCUAAUCAACGCUGUAGUUUAGCCAUCUUGGCUAACUCCAUCAUUUUCACAAUCCAGUCAUCUAUUGAAGGCAGUACUAUACUUUUCCAUUUUUGUGCAUUUAAAAGCCUGCCGCUGUAGUCAUAUAUAAAAACAAGGUGCCAUACUUGUUUUCCAGCUUUGUCCAUUAAUCUCAACAAAAAUGCUUCUGGUUUAAGUUGUAUAUUAAUCCUCAAAAUUUUCUGAAUUUUCAUAUGAAUUUGUAACCAUUUUUUUUUAACUUUAUGGCAGGUCUACCAAAGAUGGUAAAAUGCCCCCUCAUGUUGUUCACAUUUCCAACAUUUAUUCGAAAUACCUUUGGCCAUUUUAGCUAGUUUGUCUGGAGACAUAUAUCAACAGUAAUUAUUUCGUAAAAAUUUUCUUUGAUAGUGGAAUUCAAAGUAAAUUUAAGUCCCUUUACCCAAAUAUUUUAAGUCCCUUUACCAACAUAUUUUCCCAUUGGAGUUUGCAUCAAUGGUAAAACACUGAAUUGAUUAGAGAGAGGACAUUAAUUAACUUCUUACUGAAUGGAAACCGUUUAUAGACUUUUUACAUGAAAUGGAUAACAAGGAUUUGAAGACAUCUGGAUUUAUGUAUUAAGAAACAUAAACAAUAGAAAAAAGAGGACUCUUAUGAUUAACCUAGAAUAAGCGAGACUCUAGAAGUGAUACGUAUUUGUUGUGGAGAAUAUCGGAACUCAACCUAUAGUGUAAUUUAGGGUUUUUAAAAAAUUGUAUAGUUUUAUGUACUGUUAGUGUAUAUAAAACUAGUCUUCUGUUUAGAAUGUUGUGUUUUUUCUUAUUCUCUGUGUUUAUUGUUUAUAGUUAUUAUGUCAUGGUUUAUAAUUUAUAGUUUAAAGAAAAUUCUACCACCUAUUUUCCCAUUGAUCCAUUUGUAUAUUUUUAUAUCCAAAAUCCAAAAACAGGUAUUGUCUGAAACAAAAAUAGCAUUCUAGGUAAAACAUUCAUCUUAAUCUCAGAUAACCUCCCUAACAGAGACUGAUUUUUUUUAUGCCCACGUUUUUAUCAACAUUUUUGUUUUCUGUUCCUUAAUUUUAAAACCUGCCAAUAAACCAAAUUCUUUCAACUUGUCCAUCAAUAUAUCAAUUCCCAUUAGUGGAUCCUCCAAGAUUAAAACUAAAUCAUCUGCAAAGGCUCUCACCUUGUAUGAUUCUUUCUUUAUUUUAACACCUCUAAUCCUCUCAUCUUGUCUAAUAUCUUUAUUCAUAAUCUCUAGCACCAAAAUAAAGGGUAGCAGUGACAAUGGAAAUCCUUGACAUGUUCCUUUUUGAAUCUUACCAGGUUUUGUUAGCUUUCAGUUAACCAUAAUUUUAGCUGUCUGUGAGGUAUAAAUUGACUUCACCCAUUUUAUAAAAUUCUCUCCAAAGCUAAUCUCUUCCAAAACUCUCAACGAGAAAAUUCCAUUCAAAUUGUCAAGGCCUUCUCAGCAUCUAGGGAAAUUAGAGCUGCUUGUUUCUCAUAGUUUUUCUCCAAAUAUUCCAUUAUGUCCGAUAUCAUCCUGACAUUAUCCUUCAGCUAUCUUUUGGGUAGAAAACCACCUUGAUCUUCAUGAACAGUGUCUUUGAGAAUGAACUUUAUCUUUCUGCUAAGAUUGUGGUAAACACCUUGCAAUCAUUGUUCAAUAGUGAAAUUGGUCUAUAAUUUUGUGCUAAAAUCAAAUCUUGUCCUUCUUUAGGUAUAAAUGUAAUGUUAGCAUCCUUCCAAGUCUCGGGCAUCUUUCUUUCUUGUAAAAUUGAAUUCAUUGUAAUUUUUUAUUUUUUAUUUAUUACAUUUCCAGAUUGCCCUCCCCGUCAGACGGGCUCAGGGCGGUGUAACAACAUACAGUUUACAACAUACAGUUUAAACAAUAAAAGCAUUAUAAAUAAACAUUUAAAACAUUACAAUAAAAUUCUGCAAAUGUAUAAUAUCCUCUUCAAAACAUUUAUAAUAACAGCCUGACAAGCCAUCUGGACCUGCUGCCUUUCCCAGAUUAAGCUUUUUAAUUGCUUCAGCCAUCUCUCUAGCUGUUAUUGGAUCAUUCAUAACUUGCUGUUGUUCCUUCAUGAUUUUCGGUAGUCAUGUUUUCUAUGCAAAUGUGCAUAAUCCUUUAAAAAAGAUCUGGGCCUUUUUCUUUUUUUUUUGAUCUAGUAACAUAACAAAGAUGGCAGCACGGACAGGAGCUGUUUUGCUAGCUCCUGCUAUCCUCCUUUUAACCUCUUGUUUUAUAUGGGUUUCCCUGCUAUUUUUAUUCUUAUUUUUACUAGCAACACCUAUUUUUACUAGCAGCAGCUAAUUUUUUAUCAGCAUUAACUAACUUGGCAAAGCUGCUACGUCUAUCUUUGCUAUUUUAUUAUUUUUACCUGGGCGUAUCCCUUGCCCAUUAAGGGGAGUGGAGGAGGUGUGGAGGAAAAACAGAGAAGAGUGACUAGCAGAAGAACAACAACAGUCCAGGGUGUGAAGUGGAGAAGGAAGAGAGAAGAGCAACUAGCAGAAUAACAGCAACGAACUGACCUGUGGAAAACUGGAGUGAUUAGACCAGCCUGCAAAGCGGAGUGGGGACUGGGGGCAACCUUAGAGCGAGGCUGAAUUAGGCUGACUGAGGUGGAGCCCUUUCCUUCCCCUGAACCUGUAUGAGAACAACCGGGCGUGAGCAAAGCAAAGUGAGAGCAAAGUAAAGUGAAACUAAUUCAACACCUACCAAGCUGAGGACUCUGUUGAGCUAGAUUAUCUGACGCCGAGAGGAUGACCCGGUUGAAUGCGACACUCACCCCCCCCCCCACAUAUUGCUGUGUGCACGGAUAUCUGACACUGAGCCAAGCUGAGUGGUAGGACGGCUGGCUGCUGGCUGGCUACUGACUGCCCAGUUUUUGUCAGCCACCUGAUUGCCUAGAUGCCAGGAGGCUUGAGGCCGCACCCUAGGCGGCUCUGGAGGUUUCGGAGCUGGCAUGCUGGGGAGUUGGAGUUGGAGGGUGGCAGCUAGGAGAAGCACCUGGUGAAUUGAUGGGGGGAGUGGAGUGGAGAAGACAGAACCGAUUGUUUGGGCCAGUGAAAUUGGGCUGCAGAGCAUAGCAUCAGUACUGAGUCUGGAUGGUGGGCAUGGUACAUUGCUCUGCCUGCCUACACCUGCUUGGGAAGCUGGGAAAGCUCACCUUGGAUUGCACCUGAAAGACUGUUGGAAGCAGACCCGGGAAAUCAGGCUGCUUCAUUGCAUUAGAAUUGGAACUGUGGGUCACUCUUCAAAUUGGUUGAGGGAUCGUGGAUUUAUUAAUGAUUGCCAGUUGAAUUUUUUCUUGGGGGUCAUUGGAACUUGUAUUUGGGGAUCGAUUAGCCCUUAAAGGAUGAAGAAGGGCUAAUGCCCACUUAAUAAGUGGUAAUUUAAUUAAUUACAUGCAGGUUGGAAUUAGUUGGAAGGCUGAUGUAAUUAAAUUGGGAUAGAAAUGCGAUAGAAAUGAGUAUACUGUGACUCAUAUUGAGGUAUUGACUGGAUUUAACAGUGCAGCAGCCGGUGUCCUCACAGUGUGUGUGAACUUCUCCAGUGAAAAUGUUGGUAAAUAACAGAACAGAAAAACUAUGCAGGAAUCUUAAGAGCCUUAAUUUUUUCCAUUCGCAUUAAGAUAAUUGAUUUAAACAAAAUGGAUACUCUAUAUAAUGGAUGCUAACAAAAGUCAGAAUGUUAAAUACGUUAAAUACCUGGAAACUGUUUUAGAGCUGAGUUUUAUAUAUAGUAGUUUGAUGAGAUUUGGGGAGUGAAUUUGAUUGAAUGCAUUUGUGGUUGUGUAAAUAUUUUACAUGGUAGAAUGAUUGCAGUUAGGGGGAAGGAUGACAAAUGAGAGGUGUGAUAAUUCUUAGUGAUAGAAAUCAAUUAACAUGGGCUUUAUUGACGUUGAUGUUUGCUUAAUUGUUGUAGGUAUCGGAUUAUGGAUUUGUUUUUUUAAUUUUAUUUUUUAAAGGGAGUAUCGAAAAGAAAAGACAAAAAUUAAGAAAAAAGCUGUGUGUUAUAAGGGUUAUUUUGUAAUACAGAGUACAAAAAUCUUGUAACAUUUGAAAAUGUUAAUUUGAGAUGUAUAUUUUCAAAUAAACAACAUGUACAGAAUUUGAACCUGCUUCUACUCAUCUUAAGAAAAUAGAAAAACUCAUUAUUACCCUUAUUGUCUUAUAUAUUUCUUAGCAAUAUUUCAGUGC